AUGCGUAGCGACCUAAUGCCGUACAUGACAACCGAUAAGCGACCUACCAAACGGAUCGUCCUGAGCUGUAUUAUGAGUCUAUUCGAUCCUUUGGGGCUGUUGUCGCCGUAUACUAUUCACGGAAAAGAUUUGCUGCAAGAUACAUGGCGUUCCGGAUGUACAUGGGACGAACAAUUGAAUGACGAAUGCUACGAGAAAUGGUGCCGUUUGAGAGCAGCGUUUACCAUUAUUGAGAAGAUAAAAAUUCCCAGAUGUUAUCUACGAGAUACUCCACCCUCAGCCCCACGAAACAUUGGAAGCCCACGUAUUUUUGGACGCCAGUCAGGACUAUUACGGCUGUGCAGUUUACUUCAGCAUCACUCAUCUUGGAAUGUCAAGAUGUUCUCUGGUGGCUGCGAAAACCAAGUGUGUUCCAUCGACGUCCCGCUUAAGCAAGAGGAGUAUGAACUAGCCGAACAGAUCCUAUGGAAACAGGCGCAACGAGACUGUUACAAAGACGAAGUUACUGUCAUAUCGAAGAACCAGGAGUUGUCGCGAGAAGAGUGGUUGCAGAUCGAGAAAUCAAGUCCUCUGUAUAAACAAAGUCCAUUCCUUGAUGAAUAUGGAGUUCUACGCAUGGAUGGGCGGUUAAGAUUAGCAGAUUUUGUACCCUAUGAUACUCGUUUUCCUACCUUACUUCCCAGAAAUCAUAUUAUAACCUACCGACUCAUCGAAUCAUAUCAUCAACGGUAUGGGCACGCCAACAAAGAAACUGUCUUCAACGAACUUCGUCGACGAUUUUCUAUUCCCAAGUUAAGAAUAUGUGUGGCCCAAGUAAUGAAGAAUUGCCAGUGGUGCAAGGUACAUAAAACUAAACCGGAAUUUCCUCGAAUGGCUCCACUACCAGCUGAACGGCUCGUACCAUUCGUGAAGCCAUUUAGCUACGUAGGGAUUGACUACUUUGGGCCUAUAGACGUCACAGUUGGUCGAAGAACUGAGAAAAGGUGGAUUGUUCUGUUCACUUGCUUAAAUGUUCGAGCAGUUCAUCUGGAAGUCGCGUAUCGCUUGAACACCGAAUCCUGCAUAAUGGCCAUUCGUCGGUUUGUAGUACGGAGAGGACCACCUAUUGUCAUCUUCUCAGACAACGGUACAAACUUUAAGGCAGCCAACAGGGAGUUACAAGAACAGAUUCAACGUAUAGAUGCUUCAUGUGCAAAUGUUUUUACCAACGCAAGAACUCGGUGGAGUUUCAACCCUCCGUCUGCGCCUCACAUGGGCGGCGUGUGGGAGCGCAUGGUCCGCUCAGUUAAGGAAAUGAUGUCAACACUAAAUAAUGAACAACGACUGAACGAUGAGAUAUUGCUCACAGUGAUUUCCGAAGCAGAGGAGAUAGUUAACGCCAGGCCACUUGUUUACGUGCCGCAAGAUUCAGAUACAGGAGAGGCUAUAACGCCUAAUCAUUUUUUACGUGGUAUAUCGUCGGAACUUGAGAACCUAUCAAUUACACCAACUAACGAAAUAGAAGCAUUGCGCAAUACUUAUCACCGUUCGCAGAUUGUUGCUGAUCGACCGUGGAAGCGUUGGUUAAACGAGUAUUUACCGUCGUUAAAUGCCCGUUCGAAAUGGUUGGAAGAGUCCAGACCAUUGAACCCUGGAGACUUAGUUUUCGUAGUAGACGAUCACGGACGUAACGGAUGGAUUCGAGGUAAAGUCGAAGAAGUGAUCCAAGGCAGAGAUGGGCGCAUACGGCAAGCUAUGGUGCGUACCUCUACGGGAGUAUUUAAAAGACCAGUGAGUAAACUGGCGUUGAUCGAAGUGAAGUUGUCAAGUACCGCCAACUUCGCCACCGGUCGCUGA